ACAUUUGUUUUUGCUUUCAUUAACAAUUAAUUGUUAUUUCUAAUAAAAAGUUUUUUAGUUACUUAUAUAGAAAUCUGGACUUAAUCAGGAAAUGGCAAACGUAUUGAAUCGAUAUGGACUUACCACCUUGCACAGGUUAAUGAUUAAAAGAUGUUUACGAAGAAGGCAAAAAGUGUCAACAAAAGCUAUAGGAUCGGAUAUCGUUGCGGAAUCGUCUGUAUUGGUUGAUAAAGAUGAUCACAUCACAUUAAUUGGUUUAAAUCGCCCAGACAAUCGAAACUCAAUAAACGCGGAUACGGCUAAGCGUUUAAGUGAGGCAUUGACCGAUUUUGAAAAUGAUAGAACUUCACCCGUAGCUGUAAUUUAUGGAAUAGGAGGUUCAUUUUGUGCUGGACAGGAUCUAACAAUGUUGGAUAGUAAUAGUAACAGUAAAGAGAAUCUUAGUGCACUUUCAACUUAUAAGACAAUACAUAGGCAUUCACAAAAACCUAUCGUAUGUGGCAUCAAUGGCUAUUGCGUUGGAGAUGGCUUAGAACUGGCUAUGUUUUGUGAUCUUCGUGUUAUGGAAAACACCGCAGUUCUAGGAUUUUUUGGACGAUUUACUGGAUAUAGCAUUAGUUGCGGAGGGAUAGCAAGAUUACCAGCCAUGAUCGGGUACUCGCGAUCAUUAGAUUUGGUACUAACUGGCAGACGUGUUAGUGGAAAAGAAGCACUACAAAUGGGAUUAGUAAAUCGUUUGGUAGCAACAGGUACAGCUCUUGGACAGGCGGUUAAUUUGGCAUUUUCCAUUGCGAAGUUUCCUUUAGAAGCAUUACAAAAGGACCGUCAAGCUGUGUACAAAAACUGUUAUGAACGAAGGAAAGGGUUGAGUGCUGCAAUAACAGAAGAAACUACAUCGAUUAAUAACAGCAUUUUGAGUGAAAUAAAGGAGGGUAUAGCCAGAUUAAAAGAAGGAAAAACAGAUUCGUGGCAAGUAAAGCCGAAAGUUAUACCAGCUUGGGAACAAGAGGAAAUUCUACAUGAACAAAAAUUUGCUUCGAAUGAGAAUAUUAUAGAUAUUAAAAGUUGAAUCUUUAUAUCGAAUAUUGCUUUCGGAAGUAUUAAUAUGCCGAUUAAAUAUUAAUAUAUCUCAAAUAAACUAGAGUUCAAUGCAUACAAAUAUAUAGAUUCUAGAAAGAUAA